GGAUAUAAAUGGCACCCAUGUGAAACAUGUAAUAGACUUCAUUUCAUCUCUGAAGGGAAAGGUACUCUCGCUUUUUUUCCCCCUUUUUUUUAAUGCACCAGGAAAACAAAGAGAAAGUCAUUAUGAAACUGUUUGUGAUAUUGAUGUGCCUGCUGGUCACGAUCUCUGCAGCCCCUGCAUCAGACAGUGAAAGUAAUGAGCAGGUUGCAGCCCAUGCUAAUGAGGCCCUGAGGUUAAUGGAGAUGUACAGGCUGUACCAGCAGCAGGGACUAGUUGGGAACCCCUUUCUUCCUGCUGCUGAUGCACCUGCUGAUUCAGCAGUUGCCACAGCAGUGGAUGCAGCUCCAGCAGUUGCAGGAGAUGCAUCAGAUGAGGAGACAGAGGAUGAAAACGGUAGCCCAAAAGCUGCUGCUCCCGGUGCUCCUGCAGACCCUCUAAACUCUGAUGAGGAAGAGGAGGCAGAAGCAGCUGAAGCUGACCCAGCUGUAGUGGACACAGCACCAGUGGAACCUGCAGCAGAACCUGCAGCAGAACCUGCAGCAGCAGAACCUGCAGCUGCAGAACCUGCAGCUGUUGAACCUGCUGCCGCUGACAUCCCUGCAGAAGCUGCACCGGUUGAUGGUGCUGCUGUCGAUGUGCCUCCUGUUGAUAUCGUUCCUGUUGACACUGCCCCAGCAGCCCCUGAGGUGGCUGUUGAUCCAGCUACCCCUGCUCCUGCUGCUGAUGUCCCAGCUGCUGCUGACACUGGUGCUGCUGAUGCUGGCACAGCUGUUGAUCCUAUUGCAUUGUAAUUAUCCGCCACUUCUUCCCAGCAUAAGUUAGCCUCUGGUUGUAGUUGGCUUAUUUUAGCCAGAAGUAAUGCUAUAGCCUAGCAUUACUAGGCCAUGGCAUCGGGGAAACACUAAAGAAAAACUGUGACAUAAAAAUGUCAAAGUGAUUCUGCAUGUUUUUAGUCCUGAAUUACACUAACCUUUCCCUGUUGGAUCAUUUCUUUAGUCUUUAAUGACUUUUUUUCUUCUUUUACAUCUGAACUUGAAUCCAUUUGUAACUAAUUUGUACUUUUCUUCAACAGUUUCCAAAUGAGGUGACAUGCUUUUAUUUUAUGUUGUUGUUUUGUCUUUGUUUUUCAAGAUUAAAAUCUUCAAAUAUGUUGAAGAAAAAAUGCAUUUCAACUUCAGCUCAUUUGUUUUGUUUCAUUGAAGAAAAUCAGAUGGGUUUUACUAACAACAUUCAGUAUCUUCAUCAUGUAUUCCUGCUGUAAAACUAUUCAGCAUAAAAUAAAGUGAAUUCGAGUCCCAUAAACACA